AUGGCAAAAAUCGACUGGCACGUCGUACCCUGCUUGUGUCUCAUGUAUUUGCUCGCAUUCUUGGACCGAGUGAACAUCAGUAACGCGGCCAUUCUGGGUUUGCAGGAAGACCUGAAUAUCGAGACGGGCACGAAAUACAACACCGCGUUGACGAUCUUUUUUGUUCCCUACAUUAUCUUCGAAAUCCCGUCGAAUAUUUUAAUGAAGAAGCUGAAGCCUCAUCUUUGGUUGUCAUUAUGUAUGUUUGGUUUCGGCUUGGUCAUGAUCUGCCAAGGUCUGGUGCAAAACUGGGGAGGACUUAUGACUACUCGCUGGUUCUUGGGCAUGUUUGAGACCGGUUUAUUUCCUGGUUGCUUCUAUCUGAUGGGCAUGUGGUACAAGCGCAGCGAAGCCCAGAAGCGUUUUAGUUUCUUCUUCAGCUCCACCACCCUAGCAGGUGCUUUUGGUGGUCUCCUUGCCAGUGGUCUCGGCAAAAUGGAAGGUUUGCGCGGCUAUCGAGGCUGGCGUUGGGUGUUCAUUAUCGAAGGUGUCCUGACCUGCGUGGUUGCCAUCAUCUGUUACUUCCUGGUGACGGAUUUCCCGGAAGACGCCAAGUGGCUCACCGAAGAAGAGCGCGAGUUUGUUCGCGAAAAGCUCGCUGCGGACACGGGCAAGGCCGCCCCAGAUGCUGAUUUAACCUUGCGCGAUGUGUUGAGCGUGUUCAAAGACUACAAAAUCUUCAUCGGUGGAUGGAUGUACUUCGGUCAGGUUGUCACAGCCUACGGCUACGCGUACUUUGCGCCGACGAUCAUCAAGACCUACGGAUACGGACCCAUCAAGACGCAGCUUUAUUCGAUCCCUCCCUGGGCGGCGGCAUUCGGAUUCUCCAUGCUUAUCGCAUUCCUUUCGGACAAGUUUCGCCAUCGAUUCGCCUUUGCAUUCAUUCCGAUGCUUAUUGCGAUGGCUGGAUACGGAAUUUUGCUCAACAUCCACGGCGAGUCGCAACGGCACGUGCAGUACGGAGCCCUAUUCCUGGUCACCAUGGGUUGUUACAGCGCAAUGCCCGUCUUGGUGUGUUGGUUUUCUAUGAAUUUAGGAGGCCAUCGGCGACGGAGUGUAGGAACAGCUUGGCAGAUCGGCUUCGGUAACAUCGGAGGAAUCAUUUCGACCUACUCUUUCCUCCAGAAGGACGCGCCGCUCUACCGCAACGGAUACAUCAUCAGCUUGUCCUUCCUGUGUUUCUCGGCGGCAAUGGCCGCCAUUUACUUCGCCGCGCUCUGGUUCGAUAACCGAAGACGCGACCGGGCGAUGGCGAACGGCGCCGUCGAUGCCCAGAACAGCGGCGCAGAGGAGCAAGAGGAGUUCUUGGGGGACAUGGCGCUCACUUAUCGCUACAACUAUUAA